GGAAGACGAUAACCACCCCCCCACCCAUAUAGGGAAAAAAAUAAUAAUAAAAAAAACCGAUACAAAUUCAUGUUUCCGCUUCCCAUUAUCGGAGAACGGCGGCGGCGGAGGAACAUGAGAAAAAAGAAAAUCUAGAAAAAUAAUGUCAUCAACCCAAUUAUUAUUAUAUUAGUACUAAAUAUAAUUAUAAUUAGGGGGAAAAGGGGGAGAAGAAGAAGAAGAGGCAAUGGUUUGUUUGUAUGUGCAGUUUUUUGGCUGCAAAAAGCGCAACAAAACAAAUACAGAAUUGAAGAAGAAGUAACAACUUCUUCUGUGCUCUCUGCUUUCCCUCUUCUUCCCUUUCCCGGUCAUCUCCAUCACUCUUUUUUUUUUUUUUUUUUACAAUUGUCAGUUGUUGUCUUCUUCUACCGUUUUCUUUCUUUUGCCUCUUUUUUAUUUUUCUCUCUUUUUUAUUUUUUGGUCACUUAAUAUUAAUAAUAAUGAUGUGUGUAUCCUGCUGUGAAAAAAUCCCAACCAAUUUCACAUAUAUAAACUCACACACACACACACAGUGUACACACACACAAGAACAGAAACUCUCCUUCAAUUUUCCGCAGCCCUUCUGAAUUAUCAUUUUUCAAAACACAGUCAAUUUGUAGUCUUUUUUUUUUUAAAACAAUUCCUUAUCAAAUUCUGUAUCUGGGUUUUUGUUUCCCUUUGAUGGAAUUAACCAUGGAAUGACUGACUCUCUGUUUUUUUAAGGUGAACCCAAAAACCCAGAGCUUUGUUUUCUGUAAAAAAACAAAAAGACCAAAAAAAAUUUAAAAAAUUAAAAACACCAAAAAUUUUUUUUAGGAAAUUAAAAUCAGUGAUUUAGAUAUGGGAGAUGUAGGAGGUGGGAAUGCAAGUGGUUCUGUAAUGGGGGACCGCUCCGUGGGUGAUAACCCGGACCCUGCUUCAAUUAAGCCGGAGAAUUGGGCUUUAGCUCAGGAAACCAUCACAGAAGUGAUUCAUGACGUACACCCCACAUUGGACACUGAAGAGAAGAGGAGUUACGUUAUUGAUUACAUUCAGAGGAUCAUUAAAGCUUCUCUUGGAUUUGAGGUAUAUCAAUUUUUUUUUUUCUUUCCGCCCCCGGGUUUUAGUUUUUUACUUGGUCUGCUCUUUUUGCAUGUCGUGUUUUUGUCUCGAGAUCGUUUGUUUUCAUUCGAUUUCAGUUCUCAAUUUGUGUGUUGUCUGUCUCUGUUUAGUUGGUUUUCGUUUUCCCGGCCGUUUUCGUUUUCUUUAAAAAAAUCGUUUUCUUCUGGAUGUUGAAUUUUGUGAUCAUCUGACGAGAAAUGAUUCCCUGAUGGAUAUUCUGUUAUCGUCUGUACUGUUAUGUGUGUUCUUAACCCGUUUGAAGGUUGUUUCAGCUCUGGAUGGGUUGUUACGUUACGUGUAUGCGAUCCUCUUUUGGCUGUGACUGUUACUAAGUUUAUCCGGUUGCACCAAUCAGCUUACCACCAGAACUGCCCAUCUGUUGUCCCAAGAGGGCAAUACUUUUUUUUUUUUUGGUUCAUGAUUAUUUUAUGGAAUUCAGAGAAUGAAUGGGGUUCUGAUUUUACCUUUAGAUUGUUCAUCGUGGAUGAUUAAACAAAAAUAAUAUUUUAUUUUUUUUUAAAUUAUGUGGUCUUAAGUAUUUGACUAUUUUUUGUUUUGUUUCAGGGUAAUUGAAAGUCUAUGUUGUUGUUGGCUUUGACAGUGAGAGUCAGCUGGUGGUGUUUUUUUAAGAAUUUCUUUGGCUCUCCUGUAUCUUGGUUUAUACUCACCAUUUUCUUGUUAUUUUAGCUUUUGAUUGCUUGUUUGUUUGGUGUUUGGUUUUUGCCUCUGAUAACUUGGAGGGAAAAAAACUGAAUUUGAAAAAGGAAAGAAAUUCGCGCGGGAGCGAGGUUUUUUAAAGUUAAUUUCUUAUUUGAACAGUUGCGACCCUAGCAUUUUCUUUUAUUUGAUCACGCGCCAUGAGAUUUUUAUGCUAUUCCUAGUUUCGCCUUAAUUGUGAGGCAAGAUUCCUGUUCCACAGUUUGUGUUUCUUGUGGAUAGGUCUUUGUCUGGAUCGCGUUGACUGUACGUCAUUCCUUGCGGCGAUUCUCUUCCCAGCGUUUGGGCACGCGCUGUCAUUCCUUCCGUGACAAGUGUUACCACGUUACUGGACUGUCUGAUUCGCUGCGGCAAACUUACUUUUGUCGCGACAAAUCCCACAUUUGUUGCGUCAAAAUUUAGUGUUGUUGUCAUUGGUUAUUUUUUCAGUUACACCUCAUCAUUAGCCUUCAACAUUUUCGUGUAGGUUCUUCCCUACAGCCAAAUCGGAAAGUUUCAAGAAUGACAUCUAUUUCGCAUAUUAACUUCUCUUUCACUUUUGGACUAUAAAUAGAGGAAGGAGGCGGGGCGUUGAUGUCUUCAGACAUACCUACAUUCGCUAUAUAUCUUCGUCCCUCUUUACAUUUCACUUCGGCAAUUUUCUUUUGGCUCCUUUUAGUCUUUUCAUAUGGUUCAGUUCCUCUCAAGACAUAUCUUCCUGAUGGAGAUAUUGACCUGACCAUACUGUGUUGGCCUCGACCUCCUGCUACUGGUGGUUCUUGGGCAGCUGAUGUUCUUUCUGUCUUUCAAAAGGAAGAGAAUGAUGAAAAUGCUGAAUUUGUAGUGAAAGAUGCCCAAUUCAUUGACGCUGAGGUCAAAAUAGUGAAAUGCAUUGUAGCCAAUAUUGUUAUAGAUAUAUCCUUCAAUCAGUUUGGAGGCCUUUGUACGCUAUGUUUUCUUGAGAAGGUUGAUCGGCUUAUUGGAAAGGAUCACCUCUUUAAACGUAGCAUUAUUUUGAUAAAAACUUGGUGCUAUUAUGAAAGCCGUAUUCUUGGUGCGCAUCAUGGUCUUCUGUCUACAUAUGCAGUGGAAACACUGAUUCUCUACAUUUUCCAUCUAUUCCAUUCAUCUUUAGAUGGACCUCUAGCGGUUCUAUAUAAGUUUUUGGAUUACUUCAGCAAGUUUGAUUGGGACAAUUAUUGUGUCAGUUUGAAAGGUCCAGUUUACAAGUCAUCUCUUCCUAAAAUUGUUGCUCAGAUGCCACAGGAAGAACGGAGCCGUUUUCUGCUUAGUGAAGACUUCUUGGCAAAUUGUAUGGAGAUCUUCGCGAUGCAAUCCCCGGACCAGGAAACAAACCCUCGUUUGUUUUGUCCAAAGAACCUCAACAUAAUUGAUCCUCUGAAGGAAUAUAACAACCUUGGGCGCAGUGUCCAUAGAGGAAACUUCUACCGGAUUCGCAGUGCUUUUAGAUAUGGGGCUCGCAAGCUUGGGCGAGUACUUUCACUACCUAAAGAUGAAAUUGCACAUGAGAUUAGGAACUUCUUCAGUAAUACUCUGCGAAGGCAUGAGCGCAUGUAUGGGUUCCGUAUGCAAGAUUCUGCUCAAGUACUCCACCCAGGAGUUCCUAUCACAUCCUUUUCAGCCGCUGCUGCAGUUUCAUCUGAGGCUUAUACUUAUAUGACAUCAUCAAAUUCACAGAAUCAUGCUCCUUCCCAAAUAAUCCCAGGCCUCAGUUACCCAGUGAAGGAAGCUCUUUCAGGAUACAAUCUCAUUGGGGAUGCUUGUGACCUUGCGAAGAAUAGCUACGUGGAUUUCAGGACUUCAAAUGCAACAUCUGAUAGUUCCCCUACCAGUGACCCAAGUUUUUCCUCUCUGGGCCAGUUUAUUCAUGUGCCUCAACUUAAAUUGUCCAAUUCAACUCCAAAAAGCUGCUGUGGCCAAAUUGAUGCAUGUGAUGCCGUUGGAGAUAAGUUUGUCCCUGAUACAUGCUUCGGAGACGGAGGCAUUGGUGUGGAGAUGGUCGACACCUCUCAAUCUAGUUCAGAUAGCUCGGAUGGAUAUGGCUCCUGCAGUUCAGCCGUCUCAACUCCAAAGAGCAACAGUUCGGAGACAUUAUCAUUUGAUUUUAGAGAGGACUUAGGUGACUUAGAUGAUGGAGAACCUAUAAAUCCUCUGGCCGACCUCACGGGUGACUAUGACAGUCAUAUCAGGAGUUUAUUACAUGGUCCAUUUCUCCAUAAGUUGGCUCUUUCAGAGUUUCUACUUCCCUGUCUUCCCAUGUCACCACAGCCGCAGUCCCAAAACCAGAAUUCAUGGCAUCCUGUUCAUCAAUCCAUGCCUCUAGAGCAGCACUCAUUUUCUCAAACUAGCUCUACCUAUACUUCUCUCACACACGCUGCAAGCAGCUAUGCACCUUUCUUUCCUGCUUCUGCCUCUGAGGAUAAUCAAAGACCUCAAGCUGUCCAUCAAUCUGUGCCGCCAGAGAAGCACUCAUUUUCUGAAACUAACUGGACCUUUACUUCCGUCAAACAAGCUGCAAGCAGUCUUUCAGCCAGUGCUCCUGCUUUUUCUUCCGAGGAGAGUAAAAGGCCUCGAGGGACAGGCACUUACUUGCCAAUGAUGAUGUUGCAGGAUAAUUACACCAGGGAUGGCCCGUAUCAACGUUGGGAUAGGUUGUCGUCAUCUUGGAGUCAUUCGCGGAGACAGUACUCUAAUGGCUAUGGCCAUGAUUCUACCUACUCACAGGUGCACCUUUCUGCAAAAGGUGGUCGUGAAAACUUUCAUGCUCGGGGCCCAGUUCCAACUCAGAAGAAGUCGUCUGGAAUAUCCAGCCAGUCUAACUGUGGCAAGGAAUAUCGCAAUCGUGCUAAUGGAAUCUCCAACUCACUACAGAAAAUUGAAUUUGGAUCCAUUGGACGUUUGGUGGAUGGAGUGAUAUCGACCUCCUGCAAUGUUAGUGCCUUGGUUACCAAUAGCCAUUUGAAUUCAUCCUCAAGUUUCGAAAAAGUUGAAGAAAAGGUUGCAGAUGAGCCAUUAUGCCUUAUGAAUGAAGCUGAGUUCCCCCCUCUGUCCAUAUGAAUGCUUUUAGGAAGAAAGGUUAAGUUAUUACAUAGGGACUAUAGAGAAACAGCAAAGCGAGGUGGUAAACUUAGAUGUUAACAAACUGUAGAAGAGAAAUUAGACAUGAAAAAAAAAAAAACUCUAGGGCUGAAGAAGUUCAACUUGGGGUUUUAUUUUGAUGCUCGUUUUGAACCUGUUUUUAGGCAGCUAAAUUAAUUUUUAGCUGUGUUGUUGUAGUUUAAACGAAAAAAUGUUUUGUAACUUUAUCAAAGUACCUUUUUUUUUUUUU